UCUGCAUGUGUGUGUGUGAGAGAGUGUGUUUGUGUCUGCUGCUCUCUCCUCUCUUCACUUUAUAUGAUGGUGCAUUCAAUGACCGGCUGCAUGAUGACGAUUUCCCCUUAAACACUCAGGAGGAGGAAAGUUAGUUUAACGUGCAAGGCCUGUUGAAGCUGUUGUAUAUAAACUUUGUGAGAAAAAGCUGAAUCAGGAUGAAGUCCAAAGGGAAGGCAGUGAAACCCUCCAGGAGGACGUGGUCCAACCCUGAGCCAGAUAUAGAAGCAGACACAGAACCAGAACCGGGCUCCAGUGAGCAGGAGGGCUCGGAGGCCUCGGUGCGGAUCGGGGGCUCCUGGAGGGGGUCUCUGAGGGGCGGGGGGCGGCGGCGGCGCAGGACCCGCGGCUCCAACACCAAGGAGCGCAGCAAGAGGCGUCUGGAAAGCAACGAGCGCGAGAGGACACGCAUGCACAAACUCAACAACGCCUUCCAAGCUUUACGAGAGGCCAUCCCUCACGUGAACACCGAGAAGAAGCUGUCCAAGAUCGAGACUCUGACCCUGGCGAAGAACUACAUCAAAGCCCUGACUACCAUCGUGGUGGACAUGUCGGGGGCCGGCCUGCCUGAAGGGGGGGUUUCCUCAGAGGCCAAUGCCGCCAAGCUGCUCCAGUGCUACCAGAAGCACCUGGAGGAUGAAGGGGAGGACGAUCUCACUCAGUAUCUCACCCAAAUGCACAGCUUCAGCCAGCGCAGCUAACAGAGGCUGCAGACCAGAGGUGUGUGUGGUGACCUUUAGGGCCAAAUAUCCCUGGGACCAGAAGUGGGUCUCUGCAGGAAGUGGGUGCUGUUCUCUGACAAUUAAACCCAACGCUUGACCAUCACAAAAGUGCCCUUCAUGCAAAAAAUAAGGAAUGAUUUAAGGACCAUUCUAAAAAAGACUGCAGAUCGUGGGUUAUGAAGAGUAAGACGAGUCAUGUGUUAUUGAACUCAGGAACGAAUGUUUUCGCAAUUCUGUGUCUUUACUUCUCGUCUUCUAUAGGCAGGAACUUGUUCUCCUUUGUGUUAUCUUGUGAUCUUCUUGUGUGUUUUUCUGUUGAGGAACCUGCCGAGCGUAGCCUCUAGUCACAACUGUCAGGAAGAAAGACAAGCGGCCGGCCUGAAUAUUGAAACGAAGCGAGAAACUGUGUUUGCUCAUGACGACAAUCUAACAGUCUUCUCACAGCGUGUGCACACAGAUACUAUUUAAAGUGUGUGUUAUUUGACUAAUUGUUUGUCUCCAUGUGUCUCCAAGGCAAGACAUUGUAGUGAAUAACAUCAGGAAAAACUAUUUGGGGAGUUGCUAUCAAUAAACACAUUUAUUUAUUGACA